CUCCCCCGACCUGCCUCUUUCCUUUCUCUCGUCUGCGUGUGCGGCGCGGCGGCGGAUCUUUCACUCCAUCUUGGAUCUUCGGCGCGCGACGGUGAGGAGGGAGACACCCCCCGCUUGGAAGGUGGAACCAUGCAGCUCUUCAUUCGUGCACAGAAUCUGCACACCCUUGAGGUGUCUGGGCAGGAAACAGUAGCUCACCUUAAGGCCCACAUUGAGUCCUUGGAGGGCAUUGUGCCUGAAGAUCAGGUGGUCCUCCUGGGUGGGACUCCCCUGGAAGAUGAUGCGAUCAUUGGGCAGUGUGGUGUCAGUGACCUCACAACACUGGAGGUUGCUGUGCGCAUCCUGGGUGGUAAGGUCCACGGCUCCUUGGCUCGUGCUGGCAAAGUGAGAGGCCAGACCCCAAAGGUUGCUAAGCAAGAGAAGAAGAAGAAGAAGACUGGCCGUGCCAAGAGGCGCAUGCAAUACAACCGUCGCUUUGUCAACAUUGUGCCAGGCUUUGGCAAGAAAAAGGGCCCCAAUGCCAACUCCUAAGCUGCACCCAGUUUACUAAUAAAUCUGAUAUUAUCCUGGA